UAAAAUGCCAAUUGUAAGAAAAGUGUAACUGAAAACGCAAUUAUACAUCUGAUAUGUCCUAAAUUUAUCAAUCUGUAUAAUUCGAUCUAUUUCGUUUUCAUUAAUUAACUUUUGGAAAAUCAUGAACUUUUGGAAAAAGAAAAACAAGGACAAGAAAAAGGUUGUGUAUGACAACUUUGAGGAAACGUAUGACGAAAGAUACUGUCAGCCUUCAAAUGCAUAUUAUGAACCCACGCCGUUUGGGGGAGGACGAAGACAUAAUUCCGAGGUGGAGGUACCGGAAUAUCAAAAGCUUGUGGAUAUUUACAGAAACGACAUUCGACUCCGUUUGAUUCCGAAACAAAUUCUUCACUUGCUGUUCUUGAUGGAUGACACUGAUAAAGAUGCGAUAAAAAGACUAGGAGAAAGUGGUCCAGCUCCUGCGACAGACCUGCUUUUGGACUGUAUUAGAUCAUCCCCUGAUCAAGGCAAAUGGCGAGAGUUCAUCAACGCUCUUGAGAAAACCAAAUACAUUUGUCUGGUAAAGAAAAUAAGACGCCAAAAGGUCAAGGAUGACACCGAUGAGAGGGAAUACAUAAGAAUAAUGAUGCCACAGCUUCGAAAUUUGAUUAACCCCCGAGAAAUUAUGGCACAUCUCUUGUACCACGACAUAAUAAUAUCAGACGACAAAGAGGAAAUAGAAUGCGUGAUGUCGAACAGUGGAUCUAUUGAAGCCUCUGAGUUAUUAUUAGAAAGAGUUUCAGGGAAACACCCGAACUGGUAUCCAAUAUUAACAAGAGAACUUAUACAACAUGGACACCAAAGUGCUGGCAACAUAUUACUGGAAGGCAUUUGCCGAGAAAACACAUUGAAGGAGAAUCCUUCUAUGAUGACUCCUGGGACUCGCUCAAAAUCAGACUCCCAGCUAAUGCAGCCGAAGUACCAAUCUGUGGCUGCUGCAACUGGAAUUGAAACACAAUAUCCAGCAUAUUCAGGCAGAAAUUAUGCCUUCAAUAAAUUGCCUAUACAUUUCGAUGAAGACGAGGACGAGGUAUACAUGGAUAUCGAUGAAGCUGAACUCGAUAGACUAGAGGCGAACAGACAUUCUCCUAAACGUGAGCGAAAAGUUCGCACAGUAGACUUCAGUUAUUUAACACCAAAACAUUCGAGGAAAACGUAUAAUGAGGUGAAAGCAGUACAUUUCACUGGCCCAGAAGAAGACGACAAAUCGUCUAUUUAUACCAUUCCACCGCCAGAUUACGACGACGAAGAACCUGUGCAGCCGCCAUCGCCUCCAUCUCGUUUACCAAUCAGGACAAGGCCGGAUCUGGCAUAA